CGGUCCGCACUUCCGUCAGCAUAUAGAAUUUAACGAUACCGUGUCGCUGCUGCUCCUGUUAAACAAUGCCAGAACAAGAUGAGUACACGAUCAUGGCGCUUCUCUUCUUGCUCUUCUCGCAGACGUUAAUUUGCUGGGCGCAGCAACCGGCAUUGUGCCAACCGGUCUGGCCGUGGUUUAUUUUGCCGCAAGCCGGAGACAAGAAUAUUCCACAACAGAUUGUGGGCGAUUGGUACAAAUACCGCCAAUUGGCCAACGGUCUGGAACCGCUAGGUACGAUUAACCAGAAGGUUCGCUGGACCAGUGUCGCCCAGACCGUCGACACGCUGACCAAUACACCGGCGCUGGCCAUCACCUUGCAGUUUGCGCAGUACAAUAUUCCGGAAAACAAAACCUGCGCGAAUCAUUACUGGUCAGGACUGUACACGGAGGACGGACGACUGGUGGGGAAUGUGGCCGUAGUGGAGGAUAAUUACGUCAUGCGAGAGGCAAGUUAUGGAGUUCUUUACCAUGACUACAACAAACUGGUGGUUGCUUAUGGAUGCUACGGAAGGAACCCCAACGGUACCUGCGCGAGCCCGGUGGUGUUUGCACAGACACGAGUGUCUCCACCUGAUCUGACAGCCAGCGAUAAAGCGGCGUUCGAUGCGGUCAUCGACCAAAUCCUAGAACCGUAUUGCGCCAAAGCCACGGAUGUUCCGCUGCAGGUUUACAACGACCAACCAUUCUGUCCGUUUCUCGAUUUCCCAGACUGCAGCAACAAACUGGUCGAAGGACUCCAGCUCAUCAACACAUCAUCUCAGUUAACCGGGAAUCCUGGGGCAGCGGGAGCGCCACCCCCAUCCGCUUGUCAACUACCAAAUUCCAUUCUGGCGACAACGUCAUACGAUCCAACACAGAUGGCCGGUUCGUGGUACGGAUACCGGUUCAAGUCGGUUGAGGGCGCCGUGAGUAAUUCGCAUCUGAAUUGGCACGUUAUCGGUAAAUCGUCCUUUCCGUUGUCCAACGUGACAGCACAACUGAUGUGGAUGGAGUACGUUGUCGUCAGCAGCAGCAACACCUGCCUUCAUGGCUACUUUUUGGGAGCACUCGGAGUCAACGGGCAGGCUGACGGUUUAUUAGGCCCACAAGGCGGUGAUCGAGUCUUUUUCCAGUUGACUACAUUAUAUUUGGAUAGCAAGUUCGCGUUGUUUUACGGAUGCAUCAUUCCUGAUGCCACCAGCGCCAAUUGCCGGUCGCCGUACGUGUCGGCAGUUGCCCGGCAAGAUGCCUCGCAGUUGUCGGCUGCGGACAAAAGCAGUUUUGACGCCAUCAUAACGCCGUUCUUCAGCAAGUAUGGAUGCAGUGCCAACGACAUCCUUCUGGUCGGACAGACGAGUAAUGGGCCGCCGUGCGCUCUGCAAGGUUUUGGUGAUCAGUGCAUUCAACUAAAUAUAAAGGGACUGGCGGGAAAAGUUGAAGCCGGAUCGGACACGUCGACAACUGCUAAGCCGUACUCGUAUUAAAUUAGGCUUUAUGUUUAUGCUUUCUCUUGCAAUUAAUUUAUUUUGCUAAU